AUGCCUCCAAAACCCCGUCUCAACGUUCAAAACUUCCCCCGUCCACCCCUCCUUGAGAAAAUACCUCGUCAUCUUAUAGUAAAAUAUCGAGGUCAAACCAUUGCCGAAACAAAAGAUGCAUAUUGGGUUUUGGAAACAUAUCACUCACCCACAUAUUACCUCCCCGCCACAUCCCUCUCUCCAAGUUUCCCUCUAAUCCCCACCACUAAAUCCACCUUCUGUGAAUACAAAGGCUGGGCCACAUAUUAUUCGAUCUCCUUACCUCUUCCUAUUUCUACAUAUCCUUCUUCUCGUUCCGUUUCCAAUCAGCUUACUUCAUCCGAGCCCAAAAAGCACGAGAUUUCCAACAGAAUAUGGUCUUACGAAUCCCCCACCCCUCAAUAUGAGGGUCUGAAAGGUUAUUUGAGUUUCUAUGCGGGACCAUGGGAUUGUUUUGUAGAUGGAGAGAAAGUUAUACCACAACCAGGGGACUUCUAUGGUGGAUGGACGACGAGCGAUCUGGAUGGGAUUAUUAAAGGGAGUGCGGAGACGAGAUGGAUGUGA